AUGCCCAAGUCAUCUUCUCUGUCACUGGCCAUGCGCUCAAAAGGGGGAAGGGAGAACGUGGGCUCGCCGUUGAGCCCACGAAGCCCUGGUUCGCCCAAUCCAAUCAAUGGGAGCGACCCGGAUGCUACAACCCCGACUGCCCCGUUUCAUGAUAUGCCCCAGUCACCGGCAUCGCCUAAACCCCGCAAAGAUUCCAAGAAUAUAUUCUCCAACUUCUCCGCGACGAAGUCCUCCUCGCGGAUAACAAAUCCGGAAAACUCUCUCCGACAGGUACAUCAUCAGGAGGUGCCCACAGCACUCUACGCUAAUGGCCGCGGGGGGUCAACGCCGGAGUUGAACCGAACGGUCCUAACUCCUACUUCUGACGGUAGGACCGCAUCGUCUUCAUCUGAACAUGCCUGGCUAACCAGUGCAGAUAAUCGGUCUGAUGUGACAAGUUCUGAGCAGCGGAGUGGAUCCGGCAGAUCUACCGAGACUUCGGAUCACGCAUUCGACAACAACGCGAAACGCGGUGGCUCGAAACCGAAGAAGGCCGGCAUGCUCGGGCGGUCGAAGUCAAUCAAGCUCGAGGAGGGCCCGGGCACCCUCGCUAAGCUUAACAAAGCUCAACCUGCCCAACUUUCCCCCGAUCCGACCGCAACAUGGAGCCAUAACGGCGAAGCAGUGCCGCUGAAAACUGCUCCGUUGGAGAAGGACAAGUCCUGGCGUCAGAAUAUCGCAUUUGGAAAGCUGCGUACGCAUUCAGCGGACCGUCACGAUGGGUCUCAGCAUGCCCAACGCGUCGACGACGAUAACGCCUCGCGCAAGGAUAAGGCCGAGCAGAGCUCGCUUGCAUCGGGCUCUUACAACGAAAGCCGCGGUGCUCAGCUGAUGUCUAACAUUGGAUUUGGGGCACGGAAGAUGGGAGAGAAGAUUGAUUCGGCCCGGAAAGGCAUGUUUGGAAAGUUGGGACGCAGCUCCAGCAAUCACGAGAGGGAACUACAAAUCCCCAAAGAGGCAUAUCAGUUCAAAAUCAUCCACACACCGCUCGUCGAACAGACAAGGCUUACAAGGAUAUCGAGCCGGUUGGAGAAUUCCAAGGACAAGACUGAAUUUUGGAUGCCGGCACUUCCUUGGCGCUGCAUAGACUACCUAAACAUGAAGGGUUGUGAAGAGGAAGGUCUCUAUCGCGUUCCCGGCGCCGCCCAUCAGAUCAGAUAUUACGAACAGAAAUUCGACCAGGACCGCGACAUCGACCUGAUUGCAGACGAGGAUCUCAAUGAUCCCAAUGUCAUCGGCUCGUUGUUCAAGAAUUGGUUACGACAACUCCCAGACGAGAUCUUCCCGAAGGCCACUCAAGCACGGAUCCAACAAGAAUGUGCGGGCGCCAAGACGACCCCCCAGAUGUUGAAAGAUGAGCUAUCCAAGCUUCCGCCUUUCAACUAUUACCUCCUGUUCGCUAUCACUUGCCACAUUAGCCUGCUGCAUUCUUGUUCAGAGUUCAACAAGAUGAACUACAACAAUCUGUGCAUAUGCUUCCAGCCGGCUAUAAAGAUCGAUGCAUUCUGUUUCCAGUUCCUCAUAUUGGACUGGCGCAAUUGUUGGCAAGGCUGCUGGACUGAGAAGGAGUACUUGGUUGAGGAGGUGAAGUUACUGGAAGCCCACGAAGCCCAAACAAAACCCCAGCCUGCUCCAUCGCGUAAUGGCCACAGCUCCGGGAAGAAUAAAGGCUCACAUUCGUCCGGACAUCUAGGAGAAGCCCUCAAAUCCUCUUCGGCGCGAAGCAACUCCGCAGACCGUAUCAAGUCCUCCACGCGGGGCGUCUCGUCAGACAGGAGCAUGGUCUCGGGCCGCGCUACUCCACCCAACUCGUCUCUCCUUGCUUCCGAGAAAUCGAGUAGCUCCAAGCGCGGGGCCCCCAGCGAACGCGACUCUUCCACGGACCGGGCGAUCUCUUCGUCGGAUAGUCGAGAAGCGUUCAAUGCCCGCGCGACUCCCAAGCGCGCACCGCCUACUGUGAACGCCGAGCUAGUGGAUGAUGAGGACAACAGCGCAACCCCUACUCAGGCCCAGCAUAGCCGGGGCCCGUCCGAGAACCAAUUUCGACUGGAUCUGAGUAAUCCGCCCAGCUCUCCCUUCUCGAUAAAAUUUUAA